GUCAUAAGCCACGUGGCGCAUCACAAGUUGCGGUGGCCCCGCGGGUACAGUUCUUCGGACAGAACCGCCGGCCGGUCUUCUUCCCAACUCCAUCUCUCCAACUGCCGAUUCGGAAGCAUUCGAAACCCUAGCGAUUUUUCAUCCGCUUCCUUCCGCUCUGACGGAAUGCUCCGCUGUGAUUCUCGCUCGUUUUUCGAGUUUUAGAGGCUCGUAGCUCAUUCUUCUUUGACUUAUCGAUGGGCGCCGGCAUCUUUGCGAUGUGUCCGACGCGGUGGAUGAUCGUGUUCUUCGUUGUCUGCCUCUCAAUGACGUCGUUUCCGGCGCAGCCUAGAGCGAGGAUAGAUCAGGAAACGAGGGAGAGAUUCUAUGGUUCUGUGGUUGCGGCGUCGACGCGCAAUGCGUCAGGUGAAGGUAGCAUCGCGGAUAUUUUCGAUCGCGUGCUCGAGAAAGAGUUUUCUUCUGAGGACAAUGUGCCGGAAGGUCAUGAUGCAAGCAGUUUCAACACUACAGUUGCAGAGCACCAAGGUAUUGUGGAGACGGUGGCUAUGAUUACUCAUGACAAGGCAAAGAGAAAUGACACUCCAUCAACAAUUGCAGCCAAAUCAUUUCAAAUUCAAGAUGUUUUUUCAUUGGAAACUGAGGAUUCUGAUGGGACACAAUUGAUAGACCAAAAGGAUAAUGUAUUUGUCAUGUCAAACCGUAAAUCUAAGUAUCCAGUACUUCAAUUAGAUCUGAGAUUAAUUUCCGAUCUGGUGGUGGUUAUUGUUUCUGCAACCAUUGGAGGCAUUACUUUUUCUCUUUUAGGUCAACCGGUCAUUGUUGGUUACCUGCUUGCUGGAUCUCUUAUUGGGCCCGGUGGCUUAAACUUCAUCAGUGAAAUAGUUCAGGUUGAAACUACUGCACAGUUUGGUGUGAUUUUUCUUCUCUUUGCUUUGGGCCUUGAGUUUUCCUUAGAUAAGUUAAAAGUUGUUGGGCCUGUUGCUGUUUUGGGAGGGCUACUUCAAAUUCUUAUUCUAAUGUCUUUCUGUGGGCUUACAGCUGCAUUGUGCGGCGCAAAGUUAUCUGAGGGUGUGUUUGUUGGUUCCUUUUUGUCAAUGUCAUCCACAGCAGUGGUUUCAAAAUUUUUGGUUGAAAAAGGCAGUGCAAAUUCUCUUCAUUGCCAAGUGACAAUUGGAACUCUCAUACUUCAGGAUUGUGCUGUGGGAUUACUCUUUGCUUUGCUUGCUGUUUUGGGCGGUAAUAGUGGCCUUCUCGAAGGAAUUAUCUCAAUGGCAAAACUGGUACUCAUGUUGUCAAUCUUUAUAGCCAUUGGAUAUGUUUUUUCAUUGUCCUUGCUACCUCGCUUUUUGAAGCUUAUGGUUCAAUUAUCAUCACAGACCAAUGAGAUCUAUCAACUGGCCUCUGUGGCCUUUUGCUUGCUAUCAGCCUGGGGCAGUGAUAGGCUUGGUAUUAGCCUUGAGUUGGGUUCAUUUGUUGCUGGAGUCAUGAUCUCCACGACUGGUUUUGCACAGCAUACCUUAGAGCAGGUCGAACCAAUUCGCAACCUAUUUGCAGCUCUCUUCCUUGCUAGCAUUGGAAUGCUUAUACAUGUUCAGUUCUUGUGGAACCAUGUCGACAUACUAUUUGCAUCUGUCAUCUUGGUUGUGAUAGUCAAGACCAUUGUCGUAACAGGAGUUAUCAGAGCCUUUGGCUAUAAUUUCAGGACAUCAUUUGCUGUGGGUCUUUCAUUGGCACAAAUUGGAGAAUUUGCAUUCAUCCUGCUAAGCCGCGCCUCAAAUUUUCAUCUUGUUGAGGGAAAAAUGUAUCUCUUACUUUUGGGAAUAACCGCUUUUAGCUUGAUAACAACUCCUCUGAUGUUCAAAAUCAUACCUGCUGUUCUUCACCUUGGCAAAUUAAUGCGUUGGUUUCCUGCAGAAAGAGAGAACAAUCAGGAAUGAAAUUUGUAGAGUGGCUCUACGGCAUUUUCUUUAGUCCGUCAAACUGCGCUCAUCCCAUCUUCGCUGGCUGUAAAAGCCUGCUGCAAUUAUAUUCUGCACAAGACAUUAACUAAUUCAGCUUUCCUCCGAGGUAAAGAUAUAUACAACACCUAGUAUUUUU